CUGUGACUGGUACCUUUGAUAUCUAUAUGUACUAGUGGGUAGGCAUAUCAUGUUCAGCUGUCGCGUUGAUUGACCAAUCAUUUUGUUGCUGUGAUUGUGCGCUGAAAGUGGAACUUCGUCAAACUAACACGAAAUUCAAAAGUUCUAUUGCUAAAUCGUCAAGUGUUCCUCCUCAACCCUUCUUAUCCGCCAAACACUACGUUUACAUACGUAGUGUGACGUCACGUGACGUAUGGACGAUAGGAGCUACUCUUACGACCCCGUUGGUGCCGGUGCGCCAGUCAACCAGCAAGCGUACAGAAUGGAGGCGGGACAAUUGUGGCGGCAAUAUGUCAUCGCGGCCGUCGCGAACAUCGCGGUAGCCUCAACUGGUUACUCUAUGGGAUGGACGUCCCCUGUAAAUGUGAAACUGAAUAAUACAGAGGAAUCACCCCUGCCGCAUCCCAUCACCACAGAUCAAGGGGCCUGGGUCGGCUCCUUGCUCACAGUUGGCGCUAUAUUUGGUCCGUUCAUCGGAGGACUAGCGGCGUCGAAAAUAGGUCGAAAAUGGGGUCUGCUCAGCUCAGCUAUCCCUCUGUUCCUUGGCUGGAUACUGGUCGCGGCUGCCACCAACAUCGGUCUCAUAUAUGGCGGCAGGAUAUGCUGGGGCGUCGCCGUCGGAAUGAUCUUCGCUAUUUCACCUAUGUACUGCGCUGAAAUUGCUACGGACGAGUCCCGAGGUGCACUGGGUUCUUUCCUGCAGUCGUUCAUCACAGUGGGUUUCCUGCUGGUGUAUGGCAUCGGGCCGUUCGUCUCCUACUCGGUGGUGGCGUAUGUGGGCGUGAUUUUCGUGGGGGUCUUCGCAAUAGGAUUUUUCUUCAUGCCAGAGACACCUACAUACCAUUUGACUAAGAACAACCGCGAGGCGGCCGGGGAGUGCCUGGCGACGAUUCGCGGCCGGUCGCUAGCCGCUGUUCAGCCGGAGCUGGACAAGCUGGAGGCAGAGGUGAAGGCCGCGCAAGCCAAGACUGCCACGAUCGCGGACGUGUUCCGCGGCGGCAACUUCAAGGCGUUCUACAUCUCCUGCGCGCUGGUGUUCUUCCAGCAGUUCUCCGGCAUCAACGCUGUGCUCUUCUACAUGACCGACAUAUUCCAGGCGGCUGGAUCCUCACUGGAUUCCUCUAUUGCCACAAUUAUCAUCGGAGCAGUUCAGCUUAUAGCUUCGUGCAUCACUCCGUUCGUGGUGGACAGACUCGGCAGGAGGAUCCUGCUGCUCAUCUCCAGCUGCGGCACCGCUAUCGGACUGGGCCUCCUUGGGAUGUACUUCAUGCUGGCGGCGUCGGACAACCCGGUGGUGGAGAAGCUGGGCUUCCUGCCGAUCCUGUCGCUGGUGGUGUUCAUCGUCACGUACUGCUGGGGGCUCGGCCCGCUGCCCUGGGCCGUCAUGAGCGAGUUGCUGCCCAUCGAGGUCAAGGCCAUCGCCUCGCCCAUCGCCACCGCCUUCUGCUGGCUGCUGUCCUUCCUCAUCACCAGGUACUUCAGUACAAUAGCUGAGGCGGUGGGCAUGUUCACUGCGUUCUGGAUCUUCGGCAUCUGCUGCGUGUGCGCGUUCUUCUUCACGCUGUUCUUAGUGCCGGAGACUAAAGGCAAGAGCUUUACGGAGAUACAGGACAUGCUGGCUGGCAGAUCCUCCAAACUAGAGAAAGCGUAAUUUAUUAAACUUCCGAAGGUAAUGCAAAUGAAUUCUAUUUUUAUAUCGACAUAAUGUUUUCAAUAAUCUUACAUAUUCUUAUGUAUUAUUUAUUACAUUGUUAGAAUAAUUUUACUAGAUUUUAUACGGAUUUUAGCAAUGUUUUGACACUAUUUAAUUAGCGCCCGCGUUACACAAUGAUUAAAUAUGAUCAAGAUCAAAAUAUCAUUUAGAUUUUGUUUCAGUUUAAUAAUAUGCCAUAAUUGUGUAUUUUUUUUAAAUGUUUAAGUACCUAGAUAAUAAUUUAAAAAAUGUGAAGAUUGAAAUUUGAAUGUAUAGAAUAAUUAAGGUGAUUAACGAAUUUACUUAUUAAGUUACGAAAUGUAAUCUAAUGUUAAACCCAAUUAAGAAACAAGUUAUAAAAAUGUAUUAAUGCAUUUUGUGAAACCAAAGAAUAUGAAAGUAGACUCCAACUGUAUUUUCACAAAAUAUUGCAUCAAUAAUGAAAAUAAAACUGAAAAAUAUUACCUUU